UCUUUUAAAUACCUCUCCUCACACACUCUUGCAAAAUGCAAAUCCCCAAACCAACCAAGAUUUUCUCUGUGACUUACACACAAACACUUAGUACUCCCUAGCUAAAUAUCUCUGUCUCCGUGCAAGCCAUGUGCCAGUUAUCGUCAUCUCCCUCCACUUUGUGUGAUAGCAAUGAGGGCCAUCCAAACAUGCCCACAACCAAAAUUCAUGAGGAGCCAGCUCACAUGCUCCCCCUUUUGAUCCCCAAACCCCCAACAACAUUAUUCGAACAAGGCCAAAAUAACCAUCAAACUAAAACCCAUUUUUCCCUCGCUCUCAACGAAGUCAAAUGCAUAGCCAACAUAGCAUUACCCAUGGUGCUAACCGGGUUAUUACUCUAUUCUCGCUCCGUAAUCUCCAUGCUCUUCCUCGGUCGUGUGGGUGAGCUUGCCUUAGCUGGUGGCUCUCUCGCCAUUGGAUUCGCCAACAUCACGGGCUAUUCUAUUCUCUCGGGCCUCGCCAUGGGCAUGGAGCCCAUUUGCGGCCAGGCUUUUGGGGCCAAAAGGUUCAAACUUUUGGGUCUCGCUAUGCAGAGGACAAUCGUCUUGCUUCUUCUAACUUCAGUUUUGAUUUCAUUCUUGUGGCUCAACAUGAAGAAAUUAUUGAUCCUAUGUGGCCAACAAGAAGACAUCGCCACCGAAGCUCAAUCUUUCAUACUAUUUUCUAUUCCCGAUCUUGUAGCACAAUCAUUGCUACACCCUUUGAGAAUCUACUUAAGAAGUCAAUCUAUAACCCUACCUCUCACAUACACCGCAUCUCUGUCUAUUCUCCUUCACGUACCCAUCAACUACUUUCUCGUCUCUGUGCUUAAGCUUGGAAUCAAAGGCAUUGCCUUAGGCGCUGUUUGGACGAAUUUUAACCUCGUUGUUUCGUUGAUUCUCUACAUAUGGGUCUCCGGCGUAUACAAAAAAACAUGGCCAGGUGUUUCGUUGAAGGGCAUCUUGAGCGGUUGGAAAUCGCUUUUGAAUUUGGCAAUUCCAAGUUGCAUUUCCGUAUGCCUCGAGUGGUGGUGGUACGAAAUCAUGAUUUUACUUUGCGGGUUAUUGAUUAAUCCCCAAGCAACGGUUGCAUCAAUGGGGGUUCUGAUACAAACCACUGCUCUGAUAUACAUUUUCCCAUCUUCCCUGAGCUUUGCGGUUUCCACACGUGUCGGAAAUGAACUGGGUGCGGAGAAUCCCAAAAAGGCAAAAGUCGCAGCACUGGUGGGGUUAUGUAUCAGUUACGGUUUGGGUUUCUCGGCAUUAUUUUUCGCCGUUUCGGUGAGGCAAGCGUGGGCUUCGAUGUUCACACGUGACGCGGAGAUCAUUGCUUUGACGUCGAUGGUGUUGCCCAUCAUUGGGCUCUGCGAAUUGGGAAACUGUCCGCAAACAACGGUUUGUGGCGUUUUGAGGGGAACCGCGAGGCCCAAGUUGGGAGCGAAUAUAAAUUUGGGUUGCUUCUAUCUAGUGGGAAUGCCCGUUGCGGUGAGGUUGAGUUUCUUUGCCGGCUUUGAUUUCAAAGGCUUGUGGCUUGGUUUAUUGGCCGCCCAAGCCUCUUGUAUGUUCACCAUGUUAAUUGUGUUGGCUCGCACCAAUUGGGAGGGCCAAGUUCAAAGAGCCAAAGAACUCACAUCAUCGUCUGAGGAACAAGAUCAGAAUUGCUUCUUCAGUUCCUGCGCUACCAAGGAAUAUUGCUCUGAUUCAUUAUUAGUUUGAUUGAUCAUCACAACGACGUCACCUCCAUUCUUUUAUAUUUUUUGCAUCAAAUUGAUUCUUUCUAGGUUGUGCUAAUUUUAAAGAGGCAGAGCAUAGACGCAUGCAUUCAUACAAAGAAAAGAAAAACACAAAGGAAUGCGUUUUUGUUUCUGUUUCUGUUUCAUUUAUUAAUUAUAUGGACAUGAUUAUGGCAGUUCUAAUUAAAUCACUUGACUCUCGACCUUA